AUGUUGAUACGGCUCUAUUUUUCCGUAUUCGCUGUUUUAUUUUCCUCGGUGCUUGCUCAAAACCCGUUAGUAAUAACAAAAUAUGGGCCUGUCAUUGGCGCAUCGUAUCCAACUCCGAGUGGAGCUGUCGUCUCCGAAUUUAUCGGAGUCCCCUUCGCCGCACCGCCACUCGGGAAUUUACGAUUUGAGAGACCUAAACCACCAACGCCUUGGACAACCCCACUGAAUGCCUCUACUUAUGCCCUUGAUUGUGUCCCAUGCAAUUUGGACUGGGCUGAGGGUCCAUCGUCUGAAGAUUGUCUCUAUCUCAACAUUUGGACACCAUCUUUGAACAACUCCAAUUUGCCAGUGGCUGUCUGGAUUCAUGGAGGCGGGUGGGGCACAGGGACGGCACAAAUGGAGAACAAAAGGAUUAGAGAGAUCUACGGCCAAAACGGGAUUGUCGUUGUGAGUAUUGCGUAUCGAGUCGGUUUCUUUGGCUUCCUCACUCUCAACAACACCGCUCUGCCCGCUAAUUUGGGAAUGUGGGACCAGAAUCUGGCACUGAAAUGGAUUCAGGAGAAUAUUGGACGAUUUGGAGGUGACUCGAAAAGGGUAACCGUCUGGGGUCAAUCAGCCGGCGGUGCUUCAAGUGGACUGCACUCGUUAUCCCCGCAUUCACAAGGCCUUUUCGCGCAAAGUUUUGAGCAAAGUGGCUCACCGAUUGCUGAUUGGGGAAGAGGCAACCCGACAAUGCUCCAAUUCAGCACCGACACUCUCAACAAGCUCGGUUGCCCGACGAGCGGAGAUAUUAAAAGCUGCCUGAAAGGAAAAACCCUCAACGAACUGCACACGGCUGCUGGAGCUUGUGUGAUUGGAGACGACAUGAGUUUUCUUGCACUUACUCCACUCAUCGAUGGGGAUUUCUUCACGGAACAACCCGAACAAGCUAUCAAACUCUACCCGCCAAAGCCCACAAUCCUUGGACUCAUGCAAAAAGAAGGGCGAGCUUUUUUGCUGGAAGAACCUUGGCCUCCAUCAAUGACACCGGAUCAGUACAAUUCGAUGACAUCUGAUACUUUUCUGCAAUUCAUCACGUAUUGGGUGACACGAUCAACCUUUAAUCAAAGUCGAAUUGAAGCCGCUUUGGAUAUUUACAAUUUUUACGCUCAAAAUCACAGUGAUCCAAACGAUCACUAUUUUUGGAUCGAGCAGUACGAUCAGCUUUUCUCUGACAUUGCGUUCAAUGUGCCGCUUGUGAGAGAGGGAAUUGCCAGAUCUGCGGUGAAAACGUCGACAUGGGCAUUCGUUCUUGACUACUACAAUGAAGACGCAUGGCCUGUCAAUUUCCCAUGCCAAGGCUCAACCCAUGGCACUGAGUACCCUUAUAUUCUUGGAUUCCAAUCGGAUUACAAUUUCACUCAAAUCGACGACAAAGUUGCUUCGAUUAUGCAACAGUUUGCGAUUCAGUUCAUCAAAACUGGCAACCCAUCAACUGCUUCACUUAAAUGGGAUCCGUUCACUUCUAGCGAUUUACAAUAUAUGAGCUUCAAGCCAGCACCUGAGAUGAAAAAAGAUCUACAUAAAGAUGCACAGCAAUUUUGGUCGACAUUUAUGAGGAAGUACGAUUAUGAUUAUAUUACAAGGAGAAAUUGGGAUCGU